AUGGCGUCAUUCGAGGCCCUCUAUGGAAGAAAGUGUCGCUCGCUGAUUCAUUGGAGCAAUGUGGGCGAGAGGACUGUUCUUGGCCCAGAUGUUGUGCGUGAGGCGGAGGAGAAAGUUCGCCUUGCCCGACAAAGGUUAGCAACGGCGCAAUCGAGGCACAAAAGUUAUGCCAACAAGCGAAGGAAAGAUAUCGAGUUCACUGUUGGAGACCGCGUAUUUCUAAAGGUGACGCCUAUGCGAGGAGUCAAGCGAUUCUGUGUUCGAGGGAAGCUAAGUCCCCGCUAUAUCGGAUCCUUUGAGAUUCUAGAACGGAUUGGCGCGAUGGCUUAUAAGUUAGCAUUACCACCGAGGCUUGCGGGAGUGCACGAUGUAUUCUAUGUAUCUCAACUCCGCAAGUAUGUUUACGACCCCGAGCAUGUUCUCGCAUAUGUACCGAUGGAGCUUCAAGAGGACAUGACUUAUGAGGAGUCCCUGGCUUAUAUCGUCGAUCGAGAAGUGAGGAAACUACGGAACCGCGAAAUCCCGUAUGUUAAAAUUCAUUGGUGCGAGCACGGCGACCGAGAAGAGACUUGGGAGCUUGAGGACGUGAUGAAGGAGCGUUACCCUGAUCUCUUCGAGGAACUGCGUUGA